AUGGCGAAGAACGGACAUUUCGACGAUGCCUGUGCGGAAGUCCUCCGGAUCAAUCAGCGGAGACAUGACAAAAUCAAGCAGCUGCCCUCAUUCUGGAUGCAGGCAGUGAAGCCGAUACCACAGAUUGCGGCCGAAGACGACUACGACCCGCCUCCACCUGCACCCAGCACGAUACCUGGACCGAUCAUUCAAGCAUCCACGGCUUCCCCAGCGAAGUUCUUCAGAGGUAUGACGGCACACUACUUCUUUCUUGGAUCUGCCGAUAAGCAAUGGUCCGCGACCGAUGGGGUUGGAAACACUAUACUCCACCUUGCGGCAUUCGCGGAGAGUCCCGAUGCCAUCGACUGGAUCCUCAAACGACCUUGUGGCACUGGCUUGCUACACAAGCGCAACAACAAUGGCGACACGCCCCUCGAAGCUCUUCAAUUCAAGCUUGAGAAGAAACGCACUCGCCAGCUCCUCCAGUCGUCCAUUGUGGCAUGCUCUGAUCAGUUUGAAAGUUAUGAUCAUACAGCGGUCCAAUGCCUCCUCAAACUACAAGGUCUGAAAGAUCCAAGUUGGAAUGAGAUGCGACGCCUGGAGGGAGGCUGCACCUGUGGCGAAUGUGUUGACGGCUGUCUGAGCCCCCGGAUGCGUCUAGUUCUCGAAAAUGAGGCUGAAUCGAUCUACCUCAAACUCAGAUGUGGUUUGGCUAGCAUGUCCGGCACAACCUACUUUGAGGAAAACAAGAACUUGCUCACUUUCCUUAGCUAUUACUGCAAGAAGAUCAUCAAGCACAACAAGUCCGUCCGUUGUGGACUAGUCAGCCUAAGUCAGCAUGUUAACGCCUCUCUCUGCUGCGGCCUACUUCCAGACGAGGACAACAUAAUGUAUGGAUUGAGGCCUUCACGAAGAUGA